AUGCGGCAGCUCACGAAGUCGCAAUCGCUGAUGACGCUGCGAGGAGCGGGCGGGCUCGACGAGAAGCUCUCGGCGCUAGACGACAUACUUCAGACUGGAGACUCCGACGACGUCGACCUCGCGCUCGCGCACACCUACCACGGCGACGCCACCGCCUCGGUGCCGCACUCGCCCGCCGCUGCCUCCGACUCUGCCCACACUCCAGCCUCGACACGGCGCCUGGAGGCGCAGCCCUCCAUCCGCCGCGCCGAACUCGAGGCGCGCAAGCGCCACUUCCUCGCGAACGAGCGCCCGGUGCUCGCCACCGAGUACGCCAAACGGUUCGGUGACUCGGACAGCGUCCCGCCGCUGAGGCUCGGGCUCGUCGUCGUCGACGCGGACGGGCGCAAGAUCGGGACCGCGGCGCCGGGGCGCCUCGCGGGGACGACGUCCGCCCGCCUGCUCAACAUCGAGCUGCCGGAAGACGGCGCCGAGAGCCCGAGACCCAAGGAGAGCCCCAAGCCCGCCCAGGACCACGCCAAGGCUAGUCUGCGCCUGUUUACGCGCAGCAACCGCCAUCUGAACUCGUUCCGAUGA